AUGGCGCCAGCGAAGCGAGGAAAGAAAGAUGUGUCCGCGCGCGCCGUGACAAAAUCUAUGAGCAAAGUGAGCGUGGAAGAGGAUACGACGGAUGUGUUCCUUUUUGUGCCGAAUUUGAUUGGCUACGCAAGGGUUAUUCUCGCAGCGAUUUCUCUGUACUACAUGCGCGAUAAUCCCAAGGUUUGCACCGUGCUAUACUGCGUAUCAUGCAUGUUGGAUGCCUUUGAUGGCAUGUUUGCACGCCGGCUGGAUCAGGCGACCAAGUUUGGUGCCGUGCUUGAUAUGGUCACUGAUCGGUGCACCACCUCGUCCUUGCUGUGUUUCCUUACAGCGGCGUACCCCCGCUGUGCGCUGCUUUUCCAGGGUCUGAUUACACUUGACUUUAGCAGCCAUUACAUUCACAUGUACACCACGCUCGUGGCGGGCAGCAAGUCGCACAAAAUCGUGGACUCGGAGGUGUCAAAGAUUUUAUCCUUGUAUUAUACCGACAAUCGUGUCUUGUUUAUUUUCUGCGCGUGCAACGAGAUCUUCUUCGUGUGCUUGUAUUUGAUGGAUUUUUACAAACAGCCUCUUGAAUUGCAAAUCGCUCCGCUGCUUCCUCAUGCCAUGCUGAAGGCCAUUUACGCAGACAGGAACGGCCUUUUCUACCACGCUAUAUUUUAUUAUAUUCCUUCGUUGACCUGGCCGCAAAUUCUUGGCGCGGUGACACUGCCGAUUUGUGCGAUGAAGCAAGCCAUCAACGCAGUGCAGUUCUGGAAAGCGGCAAAGCGCCUUGCAGAGAUCGAUUGCGAAGAGCGCAGCCAGCGCCGCGCGAAGCAUAUCAAAUAG